AUGUCGGACAUUCCGAUGGGGGAUAGCGACCCUGGCGAAAGCUAUCGAAAGUUCAGUGACCCGGGCAAGAAGCGGGUGUCCAUGGCAUGUCUGGCCUGUAAAAAGUCCAAACGAAAGUGCUCCGGUACCGCCCCCUGUGACAACUGUCGAACCUUUAAUCGGCAAUGCGUUUUCGACGAGACGUUGGAUCAACGUCGCCGCGUGGCGGCCAAACGCACGGCGGACGAGCUGAGCUAUCAUCGUGACAUGCUAAAUGACAUGCUGAAGGUGAUGAAGGCGGAGAACCAGUCCUAUGCGUUCCGACUGCUGGAGAUUGUCCGGAACGAUGCCUCCACGGAAGAGAUACGCGCUUUCAUUGAUGAGACGCUCGCUCAUUUCGUGGAUGCGGACAAGGAAUCCCCUCUCACUGUCCAGAAAAUGAAAGAGAUCCGACGGGUUAUUGACCUUGAAGGAGCUGGACCGUCAUUUCGCCCACAGGUCAUGGAUAUCCAUUACCUGUGUGGUGAAGUGCCAAUCAGGGUCCCUGCGAAGCCGUGGACAACUGUCACCGAGGACCCAGACCUUGUAUCCCAUCUGGUGUCCUUGUACUUUACGUGGGACUACCCUUUGCAUGCCUUUUUGGAUCGGGACGUGUUCUUGACCCAUAUGAUCUCGGGCAACACCGGCUCUCAGUUCUGCAGUCCCUUCCUUGUCAAUGCUCUGCUCGCCAAUGCUUGUUAUUUCUCGGACUACACCGAAGCAUACGUCGACCCAGGCGACAUUGUGACCAAAGGCGCCGAUUUCCUCGCCGCAGCUGAACGUUUGAGGGACGAGGAACCAGUCAAGCUUAGUCUUGCGUACCUACAGGGGACCCUCUUGCUAUUUGAAAGGUAUUCCCUCUCCGGAGAUAACGAUCUGGGGUACAAGAUGCUUCACCUCGCCAUAUGGACCGGCGAAUCGCUUGGACUUAUUGGCCCGAAGAUAUUUCGAAUGGAACCUGGUCACAUACCUGAAGACAUGGAUAUCUCGGUCCGACGAACGGCUUGGGGUCUCUUCCAUAUCGAUACAGUCAUCCAUGCCUCAUUCCUGAGACCAAGUUUGAUCGACAAGGUCAAUGUGGAGCGACCCAAUACAGAGGAGGAUUCAGCUAUGUGGUAUCCAUACCCCUCCCGUCGAUCCGCCCGGCCGGCUUACCUUGGUCAAUACUUUGACGAGUCGUGCGACCUAUGUGAAAUCGCGCGAGACAUAUCCCGACGUCUUUUCGCGGUGAGCGGGACCUCAUCCUCGGCGGAGCACCAACGUCGAAUCAAGGAGAUCAUGUACGAGCGGCUCUGUCGUUGGCAUGACGCACUGCCGGCGGUCUUCGACCCCGAGUGUAGGCCCCCGCCGUAUAUCAUUCUUCUCAGGAUGCGAUAUUACACAUUGAUCAUUACUAUGUUCACCUUUACGCCAAAAGAGGAUUUAUCGCGAUUGGAAUCGGAGGCUCCUCAGACGCCCGAAAGUCCGCCGGGCCUCAAUCCGUUUCCUAAGUAUAAUGCCGACGAGAUUGUUCUGUCUGCAGCACGGAAUAUCUCUGCUCUCGCCCUUCCACAUCGCUGGGAAUACGGGAUGACUCGUGCGCAUCAGUUUGCACUGUAUGCCAUCAAUCUGGCUUUGUUCAUCAUGCUUAGGCACGGCACGUUCGAUGUUCUGGACCCGGACUUUCUCAUGCUGGCAAGCUCCUUCCACAGUAUAGCCAGCCGCUCUCGCGUGGGAAGGAAUCUAUUCCACAUCUUCCUACAGAACACCCGCUCCCGAGGCCAAGGCCAGCGACUCCACGAGUCAACCGGCGUGACGGAAGCGCUGAAGGCGUUGUUCGAUGCGGCGGGCAGCUCCCACUUCAACCCCCUGGAAGACUACACCAAGGGACUGGAGAAACUGGAUACGGACGAGCGCUACCGUGGAACCCCCGGGGAGGAGCUCGACAGCAUCUCCAGCAUGCUUGACCGAUAUGAAAGUCUAAGUCUAGGAAAGGAUGAAAUCGCACCCGAGAGACCGCAUCAAGGCGAUUCGUAA